AUAUAAUUGUUUCAAAGUCAGACAGUGGACAUGGCGCAUUCGAUGUCAAUUCGGGGAGCGCAAAUUCCGCUUCAAUGUCAGUUAUGCGAAGGAAGCACUAAUGUUAAAUGGAAGUGCAAAGAAUGUGAGUUACUCAUGUGUCAGAAUUGCACCGAAAAAAUACACCCGAAGUUCAAAAUGGCUGACAUGCAUCACGUUGUUGAAAUAAAAAAUGUUGGCACAAACCAUCAAGACCAAUUUCAAAAACCAAACCGCGCUAAAUGUAAAAUUCACAUUUCACAGGAUUACUGCAUCUUUUGUCAAACCUGUGAUGAGCUAGUUUGUCCAUCUUGUUUGACAAAGUCACACCAAAAACAUGAUUUACAGGAAAUUGACGAAAUCUUCACCGAAGAUGUCAAAAGCUUAAAAAGAUGUAAUACUGAGCUAAAAAACAGGUUUUUAGAUUUUUAUGAAAAAGAAAUAGAAAAGAUCGAAAAGAUAAAAGUCGAUAAUAUGGACCAGCUUCAAAUGGUUAAAUGCAAACUAGAAAAACAAGAAACUAAGUUUAUGUCUGCUUUAAAGUCUUUCAAACAGACCAUUUUGGAAGAUAUUGAAAAUAAAAGCAGCGCAAAGGAAAGUGUUGCAUCAACAGCUAAAUCAACUAUACAGGAAAAUAUUGUAGAUAUAACAAACAAGUUGGACGUAAAUACAAAUGUUGCUAAUACAAAUGACAUUGAAAAUGUGCAUAAGACAGCAAAGAAUGCUAGGAAAUGGCUGGCAUCUGCACGAGAACCUGUAUCAAUUGAUCUAAAAGUUUUUAAAAAGCUGCCGGACUUUUUUCCAGAACCUAUCGAUGAGAACACAUUAGGAACACUUUUUGGACAUCUCUAUGAUAGGAAUGAAAUACCGAUCAGUUUAGUGGAGAUAUAUACAUCAAAUACGCCUAGUAUUGACCGACUAAAAGUGAACAUAGGGAAGGAAUUAUGGAUUUCAGAUGUUCCUACAAAAUUACUGAGGCGAAUCAGAACGAAUAAUUCAUGUACAGUUAGUAUAUUGCAAAAUUUUAGUGAUCACCAAGUUUUUGACAUGUCUUUACUGUCAACACAAGCCUUGAUCUUUACUGUGUACAAUAACAGAAAUGAUCUCUACGUUAUGAUUGGGAACGAAACAAAAAACUUUUGUUCCUUUGCACCCUUAAUUCCUCGCGCCGUUCACGUUUCCAAAAGUGGUCUCAUUUACAUAAGCACAAGAGAUUCCGAAACAGUUUUUAAAAAAUCAGACAGCAGCAUCAGACAAAUUGUAAAACUUGACAAAGAUAAAAAACAAGAUAUAGUCUUUGAAUGUACAGGAACAUCCAAAGUGAUUACCAAUAUUACAAGAAUCAGAGAUGGGAUUAACUGUUUGUACGUUGUAGAUGCACUAUUACCUAACCUUCAAGGACGAAUCAUUUCCCUUGGAAAAGAUAGGACAUUAAAAUGGAUUUACAACGGCGAGCUAGCUGCAAGCAAAUAUAAUUUCGUUCCAUCGGAUUUAGAAGUAACUAGUGCUGGUAACAUAGUUCUGUGUGACAUGUUGAAUGAUGCUUUACACAUUCUCGCAAAAGACGGAACUAUUUUGCAUCAUAUUUUACUGUCUAAACUAGGAAUUUAUGGUCCUUGUUGCCUUGAAAUCAUUCAAAGUGAUAAAAUGUACAUUGGCUGUAGACAAGAGGAAACUGAAGAAACCAAAAAUAGCAAUUUGUAUUUGGUGUCAUUGUCUGAAAUAUAGCAAUAUCAUAGGAUUGUUAUUUAAACCGUUCUAGUUCAUGGAUAUUUUAUCGUGUAACGUGUUUGUUUACGUUGUUUGUCAGUUUGUAUCUUCACCAAAUUGACGUGUUUUAACAGUUAUCAAAUCGCGAUUCCAUCAAAAUAUCAGAUGUAAAAGGCAUAUUAA